GCUCGGGAGGGCCAAGAAGAGCGGCCAUGUGGAGGAGGCACUAGCUCUGCCCUGCCGGGCUCCAGGGGAGCCAGGGAGUAAAGUUGCAAAGAGGCUGACUUGGGCUUGCUGUCAGGGAGAAUCUCCUGACCUCCAAGACUGCUGUCCCAAAGAGGAGGGAGGCGAGGGGGCAGGCAGCACCUCUCCGGGGAUCUCCAAGCAGGGACGGGAGAAGCCCUUGAUAGGGCGGACUUAGAGGGAAUCCUUGGUCUGCCUUAGAGUUAAAGAUGGGGAAAGUGGCCCGAGUAAGCAGUCCCAGCCUCUCCGGCGGAGCACGAGCCCUUGUCCAGCACAAACUGCUGAAGGGCGAGGAAAGUUCUGGCUGCUCAGCCCGGGAGAGUCAGGUUAGCUUAAUUCUCCGGCACGGCCCCUCCCUACCUUAAAUCCUCCGGCAAUAGGAGGGACGGAUCCUUGCUCUUCACUCUCACUGCCCAGUUUUCCCUCUCGCCCCUCCCCUCCCCUCCAGGUCCCUUUCCUCCUAUGGGCCACUCCAGCCGGGGUGCUCUCCUUCCGUCCCCCUGGAUUCUGCCCUCCCCUCCUCCUCUGCCCUCCCCUAGGAACACCGGGGCUGAUCAUUAACACGGACGGCAGACAGAGCCCUGGCGCAGGCACCAUAAGAAGGGGCCGCCUGUCCCUGCUAGGAGAGGACAGCAGCCGCCACCGUCGCCAUGGACGUCACCGGGAGCCCCAGUGUCUCCACCGGAACCCCCGCACCUCCCCACCCGUCGGACCGCAUCAAGAAUGCAGCAGACAUCUCUGUCAUUGUCAUCUACUUCGUGGUGGUCAUGGCGGUGGGGCUGUGGGCCAUGCUGAAGACCAAUCGAGGGACAGUGGGGGGCUUCUUCCUGGCUAGCCGGAACAUGGUGUGGUGGCCAAUUGGUGCUUCCCUCUUUGCCAGUAACAUUGGCAGUGGCAGUUUUGUGGGACUGGCCGGGACAGGCGCAGCUUCAGGAAUUGCUGUUACAGUACUUGAGACCAAUGGCCUGCCAUUGUUACUGGUCUUAGGUUGGUUGUUUGUCCCCAUUUACAUCAAGGCUGGGGUGGUGACCAUGCCUGAGUACCUGAUGAAGAGGUUUGGAGGGAAGAGGAUUCAGAUCUACUUCUCCCUCCUUUCCCUGUUCUCUUCUGUGGCAAUGAGAAUCUCGGCAGACAUGUUCUCAGGAGCCAUAUUUAUCAAGCUGGCCCUCGGGCUGGACCUUUACCUGGCCAUCUUUAUCCUACUGGUCAUCACGGGGAUCUUUACUGUUGCAGGUGGUCUGGCCUCUGUGAUUUACACUGACACCCUGCAGACAGUCAUUAUGCUGGUUGGUUCUUUCAUCCUCACUGGCUAUGCUUUUGCUGAAGUGGGAGGGUACGAGGCCUUCACUGAGAAGUACAUGAAAGCCAUCCCAUCUGUCAUCACAGACAAAAAUGUAACUCUGAACCCAGAAUGCUACAUGCCCAAAGAAGACUCCUUCCAUCUCUUCCAGGAUCCCAUCACUGGUGAACUCCCAUGGCCAGGAAUUGUCAUUGGAAUGAACCUAGUUUCUGUUUGGUACUGGUGCACAGACCAGGUGAUCGUGCAGCGCUGCCUCUCAGGGAAGAACCUGUCCCAUGUGAAGGCUGGCUGCAUCAUGUGUGGCUACCUGAAGCUGCUCACCCUCUUCCUCAUGGUGAUGCCUGGGAUGAUCAGCCGCAUUCUGUACCCAGAUGAGGUGGCCUGUGCAGUGCCUUCGGAAUGUGAGAAACACUGUGGAACCAGGGUGGGCUGCACCAACAUGGCCUACCCGAAGCUUGUGAUAGACCUCAUGCCCGAUGGACUUCGGGGGCUGAUGUUGUCUGCCAUGUUGGCAUCGCUCAUGAGCUCCCUCACCUCCAUCUUCAAUAGCUCCAGCACACUGUUCACCAUUGACAUCUACACCAAAAUCCGAAAGCAGGCAUCAGAGAGAGAGCUCCUGAUAGCGGGAAGGUUGUUCAUCAUCAUCAUGAUUGCCCUCAGUAUUGCUUGGGUCCCAUUAGUCCAAGAAGGUCAAAAUGGCGAACUUGUCCAGUAUGUCGAAUCCAUAUCUAGCUACCUUGGGUCCCCCAUUGCAGCCGUGUUCCUGCUUGCCAUCUUCUGCAAGAGAGUUAAUGAGCAGGGGGCCUUCUGGGGACUAAUGUUUGGACUUGUGGUUGGCAUGACUCGUAUGAUUGCCGAGUUUGCCUAUGGGACAGGCACCUGCAUGGAGCCCAGCAAGUGUCCCAACAUCAUCUGUGGGUGGCAUUUCUCCUACUUUGCCAUCGUCCUCUUCACACUGACGGCCUUGGUUGUACUCGGCAUCUCUCUGGUGACAAAACCCAUUCCUGAUGUCCAUCUGCAUCGCCUUUGCUGGGCUCUCCGUGAUAGCAAGGAAGAACGCAUCGACCUGAACCCUGUUCAGUAUGGACAAGAGGAAGCUGAAGACAAGGUGGAAGAAGAUAUCCCUGAGGAAUCACCAGGGUGUUUCAAGAGGGCCUGGAAUGCAUUCUGUGGGCUGGAGCCAAAGAAAGGCCCCAAGCUGACCAAGGAGGAGGAAGCUGCCAGGCAGAAGAAGCUGACAGACACGUCCGAAAAGCCCUUCUGGAGGAACGUGGUCAACGUCAACGCCAUCCUGGUCAUGACUGUGGGGGUCUUCUACCACGGCUAUUUUGCCUGAACCCUGCCUGGGCUCUAGAGUAGGAUCAACCAAGCCAGUUUAACUCUUCCCUCUUCGCCCCUUGCUGGGCUUUGGAAGGGCAGUAAAUAGUGUUAGGAUUAAAAUUCUCUGGAGGCUGUAAUUCUGACAAUAGGUAAAACUGAAAGCUGGUGAGCUAGAUGGGCAUAUGUGCAAAGCUGGGCCUUUAAUUCUUGAGAAGAUGCCAUUGACCUUACAUCCUUAGACAGUCGUUUAUAGCAGCGUUCUUUCUUCUGCUGCCUCUAUUUGUGGGUAAAGGUGGGGCUGUGGAAUGUGUUAAGGAGAGACUGAACUGAACACGUAAUCAUCCCAGGCCACUUUCCAGUGUCUUUUGGUCCAAGAAGCAAAUCUGGAUGAACUCGAGACCAGCAUAGUGCACACAGGCCAUCAGAGCUUUGCGAGGGAACCUUGCUUUCCUGGGCACAAAGGAAGAGGAAACAAGCCACCCUGGGGCCAGAGACAAGAAUGGACCCUCACAGAUCUCCAUAUGAGGAAAGGAAGGGCCAGCCAGCAAUCUCUGCUCUCCUCCAAGUGUCUUUAUAAUUGACAAGUCUCAAAGCCAAUUCCUUGGCAUUCAUUCCCCUACAAGAGAUCCCAAGGCCACAUCUAUACUCAAGACUCAUCUCACUGGUCACCAACUCCACAGCGGUCAAUAUUUUGGCCAGUCCUGAACUGGAAAUUCCAUCCUGUUUUCUCAAACAUUUCCUAUGUUUGUCCAUUCUGAUCACUAUUAUCAAACACCUGUAGUUUGAACAGUCAUGCCUAUUCCUAAAUGCUCUCUCUUCCUAAUCACAUAUAUGUGUGUGGAUGUAUAUAUAUGGGGGAAGAGAGGAAGGGAGAAAAGGAAGGAAGGAAGGAAGGAAGGAAGGAAGGAAGGAAGGAAGGAAGGAAGGAAGGAAGGAAGGUAGGAAGGAAGGUAGGAAGGAAGGAAGGAAGGAAGGAAGGAAGGAAGGAAGGAAGGAAGGAAG